UGGAGGACCGAGGACGACUCCCCCCUCCCUCCACGGCUCCACCACCUCCUCCUACUCCUCUGGGAACUCUGAUUCCAACGACUCCGGAAAUGGCUAAAGCCUCAUUGAUUUCCCUGGCGAUUCUAUUAGUCUCCGUCGUGCCUUUCGUCUAUUCCAUCCAAGAUAAAUGCGGUGCUUGCACUGCCGUUGCCGAAGAGCUGGAGCAUGGUUUGAUGACUGAGAAGCCAAGAAAUCAUUUAGAUAUGAGACAUCGCUUAGAUUCUAAAGGCCAACGUGAAGGGAAGCUUAUAGAUUACAGAGUUAGUGACCUGAGAGUUGUUGAACUCUUGGAUGAGCUUUGUGAAAAGAUGCAAGAUUAUACUCUUGAGAAGGUUGAUUCAGGCACAAAAGUGUGGACCAAAGUUAAUGAUUGGGAUAAACUUAAAACUAAUAAGCAAGAAGCUCGAGCACACUCCAAAGCAAUAUCAUCUUUCUGUGGGAGGUUGCUAGAGGACACUGAAGAUGAGUUGUCUGAACUGAUAAAGAAAGGAUCUGUCAAAGUAGGAGGUGUAAGCAAGAUUUUAUGUGAAGACCUCAGCAAAGUUUGCCAUGGGAAAAGCAAAGAAGAUGAAGAUGAUAGAGAUGGAGAGCUUUGAGUGGACGACAGAAAUAUUUGAUUGGUCUUCCAGCUGCAGCUAGCGAGAGCGGUACGGUGCAAAACUACCGAUCAAGAUAGGUCAAAGUUACACUAAAUUUGUCAUUCUUCUUCUUCUGUGUGUGUGCGUACCAUUGGACAUUAUAUAUAUUGUCCUGAUUUAUGUAUCGAUCUCUUCUGUAUACUUAAUUAACCGCCAACAACAUAUAUACUAAACAUUUUUGCAGUAUAAAUGCCAUAUUGAGAACAUUUGCUGUCCA